CAACAGUCAAAGCAGCUUCCUGCUACCGCCCGCCCCUCUCUCCCCAGCUCCGUCUUCGAUAUAAAAGCCCCACCCCGGGCUCCAGUCCGCACUGCUGCCCUUCCGAACCCUCAACGUCGGCCAGAAGGUAGAGAAAAAAAAGGACAAAAUGCGUGAAUGUAUCUCAAUGCACGUCGGCCAGGCCGGAGCCCAGAUGGGCAAUGCAUGCUGGGAGCUGUACUGCCUGGAGCAUGGCAUCCAGCCGGAUGGCCAGAUGCCCAGUGACAAGACCAUUGGUGGAGGAGACGACUCCUUUAACACCUUUUUCAGCGAGACUGGUGCUGGAAAACACGUCCCCAGGGCUGUGUUUGUGGACCUGGAACCCACUGUCAUUGAUGAGGUGCGCACAGGGACCUACCGUCACCUGUUCCACCCAGAGCAGCUCAUAACUGGCAAGGAGGACGCUGCCAACAACUAUGCCCGUGGGCACUACACCAUCGGCAAGGAGAUCAUUGACCUGGUUCUGGACAGGACACGCAAACUGGCUGACCAGUGCACUGGGCUCCAAGGGUUCCUCAUCUUCCACAGCUUCGGCGGUGGUACUGGCUCCGGGUUCACAUCCUUGCUGAUGGAACGCCUCUCUGUCGACUAUGGAAAAAAGUCCAAGUUGGAGUUCGCCGUCUACCCAGCACCCCAGGUGUCCACUGCUGUGGUGGAGCCUUACAAUUCCAUCCUGACCACACACACCACCCUGGAGCACUCCGAUUGCGCCUUCAUGGUGGACAACGAGGCCAUCUACGACAUCUGCCGCAGGAACUUGGACAUCGAACGUCCCACCUACACCAACCUCAACAGGCUUAUCGGUCAGAUUGUUUCCUCCAUCACCGCCUCCCUGCGCUUUGACGGAGCCCUGAAUGUGGACCUGACUGAGUUCCAGACCAACUUGGUGCCCUACCCUCGUAUCCACUUCCCCUUGGCCACCUACGCCCCAGUGAUCUCUGCUGAGAAGGCUUACCAUGAGCAGCUGUCAGUGGCUGACAUAACAAAUGCCUGCUUUGAGCCAGCCAAUCAGAUGGUGAAGUGUGACCCCCGCCACGGCAAGUACAUGGCCUGCUGCCUGCUGUACCGAGGAGAUGUGGUGCCCAAAGAUGUCAACGCUGCGAUUGCCACCAUCAAGACCAAGAGCACCAUCCAGUUUGUGGACUGGUGUCCUACUGGCUUCAAAGUUGGUAUCAACUACCAGCCACCUACUGUGGUGCCCGGGGGAGACCUAGCCAAGGUUCAGAGGGCUGUGUGCAUGCUGAGCAACACCACUGCCAUUGCUGAGGCCUGGGCCCGCCUGGACCACAAGUUUGACCUGAUGUAUGCCAAACGUGCCUUCGUCCACUGGUAUGUGGGAGAGGGGAUGGAAGAAGGAGAGUUCUCCGAGGCUCGUGAAGACAUGGCUGCCCUGGAGAAAGACUACGAAGAGGUGGGCACAGACAGUGUUGGUGAGGAAGAUGAGGAAGGAGAGGAAUACUAAGGAGGAAGAACCACCCAUCUGUGCUGACCCUGCAUUCCAAAACUCCCGACUUUAAUUAGUUACUUAUGGACAAUAAAUCAUUCCAUAAUGUCAAUGAGCAUUCCAUGAACCUACAUCAACAGAGCACUCCAACAAUGCUGUUAUGGGUCUAUGUUUGAAAUAAAUGCAAUUUUAAAAAAGACUUCCAA